GAUAACACCAUACCGUGCAAGUUGAAGUAAAUGUUUUUAAAUAGGUUCCACAAACUACAAUUCACACAGGCAAAAAGUAAAAUUCUUUAAAUCAUUAAUCAAAACUCACACAAUACAUAAAUAACUUCAGUUCAGUUUACAUUGCAUUAGUAUUUAGUGCACUGUGACAAAAUGGCUUGCAGAAACGUCAAUGUGCAAAAUUUAUCAAAAUUUGUUAGAUAUUUUUCACAAAAAACCACCGAACAAGAAACAAAACUUGCUUCCAGAAUGGGAUUCAUUAGAGGUAAACCGUUGUAUUUAGAUGCACAAGCCACAACCCCUCUGGAUCCUAGAGUUUUAGAUGCUAUGAUGCCUUACAUGACAUAUAGUUAUGGAAACCCACAUUCUCGUACUCAUAUGUAUGGUUGGGAAAGCGAAGAAGCCGUGGAAACAGCUAGACAGCAUAUAUCAGAUUUGAUAGGUGCCAAUCCCAAAGAAAUUAUAUUCACAUCUGGAGCAACAGAAUCUAAUAAUUUAGCAAUUAAAGGAAUUGCUCAUUUUUAUAGAGCUAAGAAACGACAUAUUAUUACUACACAAACGGAACAUAAAUGUGUUUUAGAUUCUUGCCGUGCUUUGGAAGGUGAAGGUUUUGAAAUUACAUAUUUACCAGUUUGCUCGACGGGUAUAAUUUCCCUUGAUGAAUUAGAAUCUGCAAUUCGCCCCGAUACUGCACUUGUUUCCAUCAUGGCUGUAAAUAAUGAAAUUGGAGUAAAACAGCCAAUCAAAGAAAUUGGAAAAUUAUGUAAGUCAAAAAAAGUAUUUUUUCAUACUGAUGCAGCUCAAGCUGUUGGUAAGAUUACUGUUGAUGUUAAUGAUCAAAAUAUUGAUCUUAUGUCUAUAAGUGGACAUAAGUUAUAUGGACCAAAAGGUAUUGGAGCACUUUUUGUUCGGCGUAAGCCAAGAGUACGUUUAGAACCUCUUCAGAGUGGAGGUGGUCAAGAACGAGGUUUAAGAAGUGGAACUGUUCCAACACCAAUAGUUGUAGGAUUUGGUGAAGCAUGUAGGAUAGCUAAACAAGAAAUGGAGUAUGAUCAUGCUUGGAUGACAAAACUUUCAAAUUUACUCCUUGAAAAGAUUACCAAAAGUCUCCCAGAAGUUGUUCGCAAUGGUGAUGCUGUUCAUACUUAUCCAGGUUGCUUGAAUUUAUCGUUUGCAUUUGUUGAGGGAGAAUCACUUCUUAUGGCCCUCAAAGACAUUGCGUUAUCAAGUGGUAGUGCAUGUACGUCUGCAUCUUUGGAGCCCUCAUAUGUGUUGCGUGCUAUUGGAGCUGAUGAAGACUUGGCACAUUCUUCUAUUAGAUUUGGUUUUGGACGUUUUACAACUGUGGAUGAAGUUUUAUACACCGCUGAAAAAUGUAUAAAACAUGUUCAACGGCUACGAGAAAUGAGUCCGUUGUGGGAAAUGCAUCAAGAAGGAAUUGACAUCAAAUCUAUCAAGUGGUCUCAACAUUAAGAUUCAACUAAUCAAAUCUCAUUAGUGAAUUAGGUCCAUGUUAUCCAUUUCAGUAUCACUCAAUAGACGUAAUUGUUUGCAAAAUUUUGUCGUAAUUUUACGACGUAUAAAAUCAGCUUCUAUCUCUUGUUUAGUCCUGGGAAUUCGAAAUCUUACACAACAGCACAUAAACACCACUAUAAAAUUAUUUAUUUAUUAAAUAAUUUUAAUUUUGUGUAUGAUUAUAAAAUGUACCUAAUGU